AUUGCUAUUCCACUGUGAAGUACAACCAUCACACAGUAAAAAAACAUUUCUUUCUAAAUAGCUGCCUUGAGAUGAACAUAACGGGUGAAUUGAUGAACACCAGCCAGAACAGAUCAGAUGACUGUUACCCAUCAAAUCAUGAGGGCAUGGUAUUUGUAGCCCUUCAUCUGGCUGUGAUCCUGAUUGGCAUCCCAUCCAACAUCUUCUUCCUGUUUGUGUCGUAUCGGCUCAUCCGUCAGAAAAAUGAGCUGGGUGUCUAUCUGUUUAACCUGGCUCUGUCGGACCUCUUGUUUAUCACGUGCUUACCAGUGUGGGUUCGAUUUACUCUUUACGAUGAGUGGCCUCUCAGCAAAACGAUGUGUGUCAUUUGUGUUUUCAUGCUCUGGACAAACUUCUACACCAGUGCUAUGCUUCUGAGCUGCAUUGCUGUGGAUCGCUACUUAGCCAUCGUUUACCCGCUCAGAUUUGCCACUUUUAGAAAACGCAAAAUUGCGGUCAGCAUGAGCAUUGGUGCUUGGAUUUUUACUGUCAUAUUCAACGCAAUCAUUGUGGAUCCAGACAGUAUUUAUGAUGAGGAUGGCCCAAUUUGCUUGGAUAUAUUUCCUUUGCCCCCACAGCAAAGAUUGGUCAACAUUGCUCGUUUUGUAGUAGGCUUCCUCAUUCCCGCAUUGGUGGUGGGUUUCUCUUAUUUGCGGAUAUGUUCAGCCGUGAAGAGAAACCAAAAACUUGGGUCAAUGGAGCGCCGGCACAUCUUCAGGCUUCUUGGAAGCAUUUUGUUGACCCUUUAUUUGAGUUUCGGGCCUGUGCACAUCAUGAUGGUUUUGAGGAUUUUUCUUGAAGACUGUCCGUAUCCCAACUGGCUCUUUAUCGUAUAUAAAGUUAGCGUCUUCCUCCAAAUGCUUAACUGCCUGGCCGAUCCACUUCUCUACUGCUUCAUGAGCAGAACGGGUCAAGCCAGUGCUUCAAAUGUGUUACUCAUCUUAAGGAGACCGUGGAAGAAAGAGUGUCAAAAAGAGAUGGUACAACAAAACAACCAAUUUCUUGGAGCUGGUUCUGUUCCGAUCACAAAAGCACCUUUUAGGACUGAAUUUAGCACUGACCGCUUGUGAUUGGAUCAUGUCG